AUGGAGGCUCCAGCAGUCUUCACGGAAGCAGAAGUUUACCAGCGGAGUUUCAACCCUCAGGAGUAUCUGAAAGAAUUUUACACCCUGAGCGACAGCCAGGGACAGCCAAACGCUUUUCUGAUGCAAAGCCUGAGGACCCUGUUUAAAAUGUUCUCCCUGGAGGGGAUGAAGGGCGAUAUCCUGAUAGACAUCGGCUGUGGCCCUACCAUCUACCAGCUUCUGUCGGCUUGCGAGCACUUCCAGGAGAUCAUCGCCUUGGACUACACGGACCAGAACCGCCGGGAGCUGGAGAGGUGGCUGAAGAAGGAAGCGGGAGCCUUUGACUGGCAGCCGGUGGUGAAAUACGUUUGUGAGCUGGAAGGGGACAGGGAGAAGUGGGCUGAGAAAGAGGAGAAAUUGAGGAAGAAGGUGAAGCAGGUUCUGAAGUGCGAUGUGACCAAAGCCAACCUCGCGGACCCCGUGUCCCUGCCUCCUGCUGACUGCAUCGUCUCCACCCUCUGCUUGGAGGCUGCCUGCAAGGACCUGGCCACCUUCCGCAGCGUCCUGAGAAACAUCGGUGCCCUCGUGAAGCCGGGGGGGCACCUGGUGAUGCUGACCGUCCUCCAGGAAACCUACUAUGGCUUCGGCAAUCAGGUUUUCUCCUGCCUCUACCUGGAGAGAAACAUGGUGGAGGAGGCCGUGGAGGCUGCUGGCUUCGACGUGAAGUUCAGCGAGGUCCAGCAGUACCUGAUCAAAGACCCCCGCACCGACUGCACCGCCACGUUGGGCCUCGUGGCACGCAAGCGUGCCAUCACUGGCUAG